AUGUUAAAAACCUUUCAUUUCAAAUCUCAACUUUUUAUUCCAAAAAGUUCUGAUUUAUGGAACCCUAAUGGAGAAAUUUUCAUCAAUUACCCAAAAUCCCCCAUCUUUCGAUCUUUGCCUUUGCUUUCACAUCAAACCCAUAUCCCAAAACCAAUUAUUUCAGCAAGAAAUAAAAGAAAACGAUUUGGGUCUAUAAAAUUAAGGCAAAUUUUCCCCAAAUUAGUAUCCAUUGCCGCAUCGAAUCUCAAGAUUUUACCAGAGCCAUUCAAUCUGGUUACUACAGAAUUUCUCGGCGGCGGCGGUAGUAACGGCGGAGUUGGAGGAGGGGGUCCAUGGUUUGAUAUGUGGGGAAGGAAAAGGAAGAAGAAGAUAAAUUUAGGGUUUCUAUUGGUUCUUGAAUUGGGACUGGUGCUGCUUGCCAAAGAGUUCAAGAUUGAUGCUUUUUACAGUGUUUUGAUAUUGGGUUUAAUUUUGAUUAAAGGGUUUAAGAGAGGGAUUACAGAUUUGGUUGUGCAGAUAUGCUUUGUGGGUGCUUUAAUGGGUUUGAAAUUGAAGAGAGGAGAAAUGCAACAAUGGCUGCAAAAGGUUAGGGUUUGUUCCCCAGUUGUGGAGCUUGUUAUGGGAAAGAGAAGCAGAAAUGGCUCUAGAUUUCUCUAA